AUGAUCACAGUGGCUGCUCGCGCAACCAUGAACGUGCAACGAUUUCCGCGACCACCGUUGCUUGAGAAAACAUCGAGACAUCUGAAAAUUAUUUGGUACGGUCAGGUGGUUGCGGAUACUCGGGACGCAUACUGGGUGCUGGAGACUCACCACCCACCUACCUAUUACAUCCCACCGACAGCGAUAAGAUGUUUCUUGACACCAACGCGUCGAAGUACAUAUUGCGAAUGGAAAGGGACUGCAACUUACUACUCCAUCGGUGCUCCACAGACGGCAUCUGUUAGGGAGGCGCAAGUCGUCAAAGAUCGCAUCUGGUCUUAUGAAUCUCCGUCAGCGGGCUUCGAGGCAAUCAAGGGCUACAUGUCUUUUUACGCCGGCCCAUGGGAUUGCUAUGUUGACGGAGAAUUAGUUGAGCCACAGCCUGGAGAUUUCUACGGGGGCUGGGUUACUUCAGACAUCAAGGGUAUUAUUAAGGGCGCUCAAGGCAAUUUAGACCCCAUUCUAUAA